AUGCCUGCAACACAAAGCCAAAUCUUCUACCACUGUGCUUGGGAGAUUGGCAGCUUCGCAGCAGUAGCAGCAGGAGCUCUGAACACAAGCUUCACAGCAACAACCACAACAGUCCAGCACCCCACCCAGCUCCUCAUCAACCUUUCCACCUGGAUCUCCCCAGAGACUGUUGUUCUGUCAGGGGCCUCCUCAAAAACUGAACAUCCUGCACCAGUUCCUGUUCCCAGGGUGAGGGUGGCCAAGGCCCAGCCUCAGAUUCAGCCCCUGAAGGUGGCUGCAUGCCCUCUGCAGCCCCAGUCAUCAAGAGAGAUCGCUGGGAGUCCUGCACAGCCCCAGCGUCCUAUGCAACCUGGGAGUCCAGUGCCACCUGAGAAUCCUGUGUAUCCUGUGCAUCCAGAGCAGCCUGAGCAUCCGGGGUGUCCUGUGCAACUUAGGAAUCAUGAGAAUCCUGUGUAUUCUGAGCCUGAGCUAAACCUGCCGCUGCCUCAGUUGUCAGAGGAGACAGCUCAGCACCCUGCAGAGCAGUCUGAGUCUUCUGAGUCCCCUGCACAGCCUCAGCCAGUGCUGCAAGAGACUGCUGGGCAGCUCCAGCGUCCUGUGUGUCCAGAGCCCAAUCCAGUUGGUCCUACUGAGCCUGAACCUGAGCUCAAGGGUCCCAAACUGCCUGAGUCCAAGGGUCUCAGCUUCCAAUGUCGAUCUCCAGCAAAGCCACCGCAGGUGUCCCAUCACCUACUCUGA